GCUAGUGAAAGUAGAGAAUUGAUUGGGUGUAACAUGCCGAAUGUCAAUCAAGAUUUAUCUGUGAGCAAUGCAUGGCUAAUAUAUCUCAAUGCCCAGAGACACCUGCCAAUCAAGGUCAUUCACACUGACAAAGCCAAACAGAAAAUAGUGUAUCAACAUCCGGGACUGUCAUUUGACUCCUACGACUCUUUUGGCUUGCCUUCAUUGUUUAAUUUGAUCUACCUGAAUAAUGCCUUAUACUUCUACACUUUUACACAACCCUAUGACGACCAGGGUAAUAUGUUCUAUUUCGACAUGGCCAACUAUCUUCAGAAUAUGGGCAUCACAUUCUUUGCAGCCAGUUUGCAUUUGUUGUGCUACAAAGAGCUCUAUGACAUUAAUGUUUCUAAAUGGAACUUGACCAUUGAAAUACAAUCAUUUGCCAAAUCAACGAAAAACUUAUCCUUCAAGUGUAACUUUCUAUCCAACGACCAAAAGUUACUGUUGGCUUCAGCUAUUGUUAGUAUUUGCCCUGUACAAACAGCUCAGAAGAAGAGAGCGCCAAUCGAUGAGGAACUAGGCAAGUUUUGCCCAGAGAACACCACAUACUCAUCCCACCAAGUGCUGGAUGUGCCCAAGCCACAAGACGCUUACUGUGUCAGUUCUAGAGUUGGGUAUCACGAGACGGACAGCCACCACCACAUGGCCUCCAUGAGUUACUACAACCACGUCAUCGACGCCAUCUACUCCGCUGUCGUCAAGGGAUGCGUCUUUGAGCACCUAACGCGAGAAAGGUUCCAGCGAGGAGUCAGCAGCUUUGAAAUGGUUCACCUGAAGGAGUGCCUGAUGGACGAUCUGCUUGACGUCUUUGUCUGGGAAAUCCCAAACCAUGACAUGAGAUACCGGCAAAAACUGAAGGAUGUCUUUAUAUCGCCUUUCUCACGUGACCAGGUCGACGACAAAUUGCAUAUAGAGACAUUCGAUCCCGAGACAGACGGUUCUGUCAUAAUGUGUGUAGUAGAGGUCAGGGGUAAACCUUGUUUAAGAGCCAUUGUGCAGUUUUUCAAUUGACAAAUCUAAAAUGGGUCCAAUAACGUUAAUAUAUUGACUAGAAUUUUAAUCUGUGUAACUUUGCAAAGUGAAAUUGAUUGUUUGAACUGAUUGAUUAGUUUCAAUGCCGCAAUUUUACCAACUACUACCGAUGCUUUUUUUAAAGAGAAGAUUCUUACAGCAGCUAUCAUUGGCGGCUGUAAUUUUUUAAAACACAUUUUAUCAGCAAAAAGUGUUCAAUUGAGUCACAAGUGAUGUAAAAAUCAUGGCCUCACCGGCUUAUAUUUGUAUUGCUGGUCUUUGGAUUUAUGGCAGUUUGAAUAAAGCCAACUCUUUCAUUGUUUUAAAUUGGUUUAUAUUGAUACGAAUGUUUAAAUGAAAAAAUUUCUUGUUAACAAGAAUGUUUUGCUUAUUAAAUUUUAUUUGAAACUUCUCAGCAAUUGAAAAUGAAACACGUUAACUAAUUAUUUAAUAAAUAGAAAAACUUGAAUAAAUAAAUUUGUUAUAGGCCUACCUUAUUUCAAGCACUUGAAGAGUGUCAUAUGGUCAUUGCCAGUGUGAAGUCGAUAUUGGUCAUCGCACCUAAUUGUAACAUCUAUUUCAGCAAACAAAAAGGUUUUACAUUUGGGAAUUUGUUGUUUUCAGAAGAUGUACUUUGUCGUCUUGUAAAGAGUUCUCCGGUAUAAAGAGAGACAACCAUGAAAUAUCUUGAAAGAUGUCAUAUUUAUCUUACUUACAUAUUGGGCCAAACUGAGAAAUCUUAUCCCAACUCCCAA